GAUCAUUAGUGAUCAUCCAUGAAUCUUCUUUGUUAGACACAUAUACCUUGUUGGUUUAGCUAAACAACUUAUGUUAUAAAUCCAUUUCCUCUAAUUUCUGGGUUUAGCUCUAAAGAGAAAAUGGAUGAGAGCUUGAUAGGUGCUGCUCAAACUGGUGAUGUAGAAACUCUGUACAACUUAAUUCAAGGAGACCCUUUUGUUCUUGAUAAGAUUGAUCAAGUCCCCUUUGUGGACACUCCUUUACAUGUUGCUAUAUCAGCCAACCAAACCCAUUUUGCAAAAGAGAUUGCAAGCCUCCAACCAUCAUUUGUAGUCAAGCUAAAUCAGUAUGGGUAUAGCCCCAUUCACUUGGCUUCAAUGGUUGGACAAGCAGAGAUUGUGAAAGAGCUCAUCACAAUUGAUCCCAAACUCCGCCUUCUAAAGGGACGAGAGAAGACAACUCCGCUUCAUUGCGCUACCAUGGCUGGCCACACCGAUGUCAUCAAUCUCUUGCUCGACGGUUGUCCACAGUCACUUGUGGAGUUGACAAUUUGGAAUGAGACUGCACUUCACUUGGCAGUGAAGAGUAACCAAUUGGAAGCAUUUAAAUUGUUGUUUGAGUGGCUGCAAAAGCUUCAAAACAUCGAGGUUGGUGCCUCUGCCAUUUUGCUUGCAUUGGAAAGUGCCAAAUUACAACGGUUAGGAAUGCAAUUAAAAUUGGCACGAUUUCUCGAUAAGAAGGAAGUGGAGAGGUUGUGGUGUUCCUUUGCUUGCAGUAAGAGAGAAGUGGAAGACUUCAAGAUAAUAAAGGAUGGGCUCGAGAAAAUCAAGAGGGAAGAGGUGUUGAACUGGAAAGACAAAGAAGGCAACACUAUUCUGCACCUUGCAACAUUCACCAAGCAAUAUGAGAUAAUUAAGAUAUUACUUAGCAAGAAUCCAGCACCCGGAACUCAAUUGGAUGUAAAUGCUGUCAAUGGAAAUAAUCAGACCGCUCUUGACAUCUUAUUCCAACUUCGAAGAGAGAAAGAAGACAAAGAAAUUGAAACUAUCCUUCGUCAAGCAGGCACAGUGACUGCUGGACAGAUAAUCACCCCACCACCAUCCACCACUACAACGACACCACCCAAAACCUUCGAACUAAAAGGCCAUCCCCCGCCAAUCAACUCUAACAACAUUAUGAUUAUUGCAUCCAUUUUGCUUGCAAUAACAUGCUUUUUAACUGGAGUCUACCCUCCUGGCGGUGUUUGGCAAUAUGAUUACAAGUCAAGUUUCAACACUACUACAACAACAGAAUACAAAGCUGGAACAGCAAUAAUGGCUGCAUCGACUAUAUCUGUAUUUUUCAUGUUUUUUAAUUUGUUUGGGUUCUUUGCCUCUUUACUCAUAAUCUGUGUCCUCAUUAAGGGUUCUCCUUUGCGCUGGUUGUUCGUUGGAGUGGUAGCAGCAUUUUCAACAGCAUACUUGCUUGCAUUAGCUCUUAUAACCCCUGAUGAAAAGUUGCCUACAAUUCUAAACAUCUUUUUUUCUACAUUGGCCAUGUUUGUCUUCCCUCUUGCCAUGGAAGCUUGGAUUCAUUGCAAGAAGUGUAAAGGGUCACAUGUGACAAAUGGAGAAGUCAGAGUGAAAGGGAAAGUUGUCACACCCCAUGGCUUGCUGGCCUAAAAUCAAUGAUCAGAUGGUAGAAAGAUAUAGCAUCCCUUGUUGGAAGCGAUUUUUAGAAACAAUAUGAACCCUAGCAACAUCAAUAAUUAAGGAACAUCCUUUUGGCAGGGUGUAUAAAUAAUGGAGCUGCUAGGUUUGUUAUUGUAAAGUAGGGGUAUUUCUAUGUGUAUAAAGUACGAAAUAUUACUAUAUGAUAUAACAUCAUAAUUCGUGGUUUUUCGCUACGCGAUCUAGUUUCUUCUUUUC